AUGGCGUCUCAAAACCAGUCAGACCAUCAACUCCCCUCCCAAACAAUUCCUUCAACUGCCCAAUUUAUCGAUCAAUUGAUCUCCCACCUCUCCACCUUCACCAUCCCGCCCGUAGACAGUAAUCAUGACCACCGGCAUCAACCACCAGCCCGACACCACCACCGCACACCCCUCUCUACUCUCCCUCCAUCCCAAAUGGCAGAAGUCAAGGCAACAAUGUUAACACUCCACUGCAUCUUUCCAAAUGAGCUUCUUCUCGCUCUGGACAUCCUGGAUAGGAAUCUAGUGAACCGGUUCAUCUGCAACGACACGACCAAUACCAGCAGCAGUCAAACAUCUCACCCUGCAGCCCUCCAUCAUUCCUCAACAACAAAUGUUACCACCAAAGACAUUCAUGAUUAUUUUUAUGUUCGCUCAGCAUCUACCAUUGCCCCCGAUCAAAGCGACCCAUUCUCGACCUCAACUUCAACCUCAUCAUAUCACACCAAAGAACCAGACCCCAAAGGCUACGAAGUCCGCCUAAAGGCCUGGAACUGCACGUGUCCUACUUUUACCUUGAAUGCAUUUCGAGACUCAGGACCCGAUGAAUCCGAAGAGGAGGAUUCAUCCUCCACCACUGGUCACGAUAGCCUAUCCCUAACAAAGGACAACCACUUUCCGUUCGGGGGUUCGUUCACCAGGAACUCCACUCGCUCCUCUCCCCCCGUGUGCAAGCACCUUCUGGCCUGUUGCCUGGCCGUGCGGUGUCCGGGUCUUUUUGGGGGCGGAGAAGGGAGGUCUGUUUCCAUUGUCAGUGCGGAGGAAUUGGCGGGCUGGUGUGCUGGGUGGGGUGGAUGA